CUCAGAAGAGGCCAACACUCCAGCACAAGACCCUUACUCUCCCACGCAUUGCCUCCUGGGAUAUGUAAUUUUUAAACCGCCAGAACGUCUUGACGUCUUGCUUUUUCAGAACUACCUAUCCCGUUGGCCUUCGCGAAAGGGGCGGAAGUAAGCUAGGAGUGCGCCUCUGAAAUUUGUAUUUACAGCUUUCAAAUUCCGGUUUACCAUUGCCCUGCCACUGAGAUUUAAAUCGCCUAGUUAAGUGAAUGGGCUCGCUCUAGCUUCAGCAAAUCCUCCUUUUUGACUAGUAGCAGCUCGGUGCUUAAGUCGAUUGGCCCUAGAAAGGGACGCCGCGGGUGUGGUUGAGGUGUUCCUAGGGAGGGCGAGAGAGGGGCGAGUCAUGUUCGCCUCCAGCUCUGGCUGGGGACUUGGCUGCCUCACGCUUGGUCAGCUCCGAGUGUGGGCCGGUGCUGGGCUCUGGACUCUAAGGGCCUGCCAGGCCAGGCCGUACUGCUCAGCUGGUGGCGAGCGGCGGCUGGGAUCCGAACCAGAGGCCUCUCUGCCUGGCCCAGCGCGCCGGACUCUGAAGGAGUGGACGCUGCUGGUUAGCCCAUUUGGUCGGCUGCGGGUGCGGCUCCCUUGCCACCUGUCUGUGAGGCCCCUGGACCCCCUCACCUACCCCGAUGGCAACCGCCUGCUGGUCGCGGUGUGCGGCGUGGAGGGCGGAUCACUGGGCCUGAAUGACCUGCAGGUGAAGUACGACGAGGCCCUGCAGGAGGUGGCCAUCGUGUCUGACACCGUGGACCCCCAGGCGUCGGUGGAGGUGAACGCACCCCUGAACUUUGAUUUGAAUAUCAAGUCAUCAGGGUCUGGCUGUGUAAAAGUCCAAAAUAUUCAGUGUGAUAAUUGCAAAAUUGAAACUGAACAGGGAACCAGCAUCUUACAGUCUGUUAAGGGUCAAAAACUACAUGUUAAAACAAAAGGAGGCAGAGUGAUCUCUCUGGGAACAGUUUAUGGAAAUAUAGAUAUUCAUGCAUCAAAUAAAAGUACUGUGACCAUAGAUAAACUGCAGGGAAGUUCUGUUAAUAUAUCUACUGAAGAUGGUUUGCUGAAAGCCAAGUAUCUUUAUACAGAAUCAUCAUUUCUGUCUUCUGCUGCUGGGGAUAUUGCAUUAGGAAGUGUUCAUGGUAAUAUAAUAAUACAAAGUGAGACGGGUAACAUCACCAUAGACUCAUCCUCAGGAUGUCUAAGAGCCUCAACUCAUCAGGGUGCCAUCGAUGUCUAUGUCAGCCAGCUGGGGAAGGUGGAAUUGAAAUCUCACAAAGGUUCUGUUAUUGUGAAGGUACCAUCUUCUCUUCAAGCUCAUUUACAAUUAUCAGGGAAAGAAAUUGAUGUGAGCCCAGAAAUCUGUGUUCAGGAAAUGGCUGAAGCUCAUAAGGAUGAUGGUGUAAUAAUUACUGGACUCAUGAAUCAAGCAAGCAAACAUGAAAAAUGGAUUAAUGUUGCUGCCCCAAAAGGCACUGUAAGUUUUAGAAGUCAAAGCUGGUUUCAGUCCCUGAAACUGCAAGACUAAGAAUGGCGUGAUCUGUACUUGUGCCAUUAAAAUAAUGAUCAGCAAACUGUGACUACAAAAAUGCAACUUCCACUGUUCGUAUAAAUGCUGAAAACAGUGGCAUUAGGAAUUAAUAGUGGUAAAUAGUUUGGGAUUGGGGGACUUUUCAAAAUACUUACUUAGCCACCAUAUUCAUUUUCUUUUGCUGUGUAACAAAUAACAGUAGUCUCCCCUUAUUCUCAAGGGAUAUGUUCCAAAACCCCACAAGCGGGUGCCAUGGACAGUACCAAAUUUUAUGUAUACCAUGUUAUUUCUUACAAAUACAUAUGCAAAU